AAAAAUUUUUGCAGCCCUGACUGCACGCAACAUGUCGGAACAAUGGGAGGUGGUCUCCAAGUCGCGCAAGCAGAAGAACCUAGACAAGAAGGUGAUUGCGCACAACGAGCAGAAGCGUAUUGCGGCCCAGUUGCCAAAACUGGAGGAGCUGUUGCCAACUCAGCGGUAUCGCAAUUUGUUCGGCUCCAGCAGCAACAACAACAACAGCAAGUCCCAUUCCCCUGCGAAAUCCAGUUCAAGUGCCUCAUCUUCCUCAAAAGCCAAUAAGUCGCCGGUUAAAAAGCACACCGUAAAGAAUGUCGCUGCCUCGACCCAGAAAAAGACUACAUCGUCAGCUACUGCGAAGCCAAAGACCCUGGAGCUGGCCCUGAGGAACAUCACCCGGGAUGAUUUUGCAGCCCAACUGGAGCAGGUGAAGCUCCGUUGUCCUGGCUCCGAGCUGCGCUGGUUAAGCCACAUUGCUAGCUACUUCAAUGAAGCCUUGUCCUAUGACUGCGAUCCCAUCUUCUCCGGCCGCUCGGCUCAGUAUCCCAGCAACUUGGCCAGUGCCUCGCUGAAGUACUCGAUUGUAGAAUUUCUGGCCAGUGUGGGCGAGCAAAACCUGGAGUAUUUUUUCUACUCCCUGCUGGAUAGCAUGUCAACGGAUCUAAACAAUAAUCAGACGGUGGCAGGUUACAAGCUGAUCUUGCAGUUGAUCGGUCAAAACUGGCCGAACAUUUGCUCUAGAAACCUGGCCAAGACUGCGUUGCUAAGGAAUUCCUACCAGAAUCGCAGCAACAUCUGCCUGAGCAUCCUGUGGGCCAUCGGCCAGGGCGGUUAUCAGACGCUAAACGAAGGCGUUCGCGUCUGGCAGAACCUGAUGCUGCCCAACCUGGAGCUGAAGCAGUAUACCAAGUUUGUUGUCGAGUAUAUAGAGCGGGCUCUGAGUGCAGCAGCUGCCCGGAAGACAGCGGAUCCCCUGCAGCUCAACCAGCAGGAAUUCUUUGCCACCUACAAUGCACUGAAUGCUCCCUACAACAACCUGCCCAAGGAAUGGCAGCAAAGUCUGAAGCGAAGUGCGCGUUUGUUGCUUCAAAGCUAUAUCAACAGUCCUGUGAAGCAUGCCAACAUAUUCCUUACGCUCUUUCGGGAAAUAAGUGCCAGCUCCAAGCAGACUAACGAGAUCGAAGGCUGUAUUAGUUGUCUGCUCAGCAGCGGCAGAGAUGAUUGCCUCCGUGUGUGGCGCAUGAACUACAAGAAGCAACAGUUGCCUAGCCUACUGCUACUGAAAGCUAUUGACGACAAUUGGACCACGUCUACCCAUGAGUUGGCUACGUCGACUGUAUAUCACUCUUUUCUGCAAGAUCUGGAGAAUCUGAACCAAGAACUGCAGGGGAGCAAGCGAAAUGAAGGUCACCUAGAUAGCUUAAUGGAGGUUUUGCUGAGUGUCCAGGAAAAGAGCAGUGCGCAGCAGAAGAAGAACAAACAGAAGACUGCGGCAGAGAAAAAGAGAUGCGGAUGCUGCAAGUGGACCUUGGGCAGCAUCUUUAUCAUCGCCCUGAUUGCCGGUGCUCUGUACUAUGACACCGAGGUCAACGGCAAGGGCGUGUUCGAGAAAUCGGCCACCGGCAAGGUGCUGAAGAAUGCCGGAGUGCUGCCGCAUGUCCAGAAGUCCUGGUACACAGUCAUGAGCGCCGGAGCACGGGGCUACAAGUGGGCGGAAGUGAAUGUGCCGCCGUACACAGAGCCGGUGAUCAAGACCACCGGCGACCUGUGGAAGCUGGCGAGGAAUGCGGCCUGCAACGUUUACCAGAGCGGCAAGGGAUACUUUGGCGCCAAGUGGCCCGUUGUGGCCAAGUUCAUUGACCAAUACGUGCCCAAUUUGUCUAGCAAGAUCGAAGCUUUUGCCGCGGGCACUAGCGAUUUAGCCGUCAGUAGUUACGAAAAGUCUGCCGCGCUCAUCAAGGAAAAGGUGCUUGUUGGCCGUUUCUCGCCCGAGAAUAUCAAUCAGGCGCUGAACCAGACGCGUAACGCCGCUCUGGAGUACUACAACCAGUUUCACAAAAAGGUCGACGCAUACGCCAAGCUCAAAUGAUUUUAAGCGUCAGGCACGCUUACCUCUCGAACAGCAACAUCAUCAGCAGCUGCAGCAGAUGCAAACACAAUACGCGUCAUAGUAAAUAGUGAAGGAAGCCCUAAUUUUUCGCAAUUAGUUAAAAAACCGGAAAAUGUUCUAUCAGUCGAAACUCAAGAAGCCAUUCACAUUCAUCAACAA